AUGUCCCUUUGUCUCUUUGCCAACAUGGUCCAAUAUGCUUCUGCUUGCGUUGGCAUUGAACGAACAUGUCGUACCACUGAUGAUUGUUGUCCUGGUUUGAUCUGUCGUCCUAUUCCUUUUGCCCCAAGCAUUUGCAUAAAUACUGAUUAA